UGCAAUAAAAAAAUCCUCUCGAUGGAUGCUGAGGCGAAUUUGAGGGAGGGGCUGCUGUAUCCUGCACAAAUCCUCAAGACGGACAAAAUCUCAGAGCAAAACCAGAAUAUUUAACGCGUAAACACCGACUUUGUAGCGAUUGGGUCAGUAAUGUUUCUUCUUGGAUCUGAAAAGGGAUUUUUAUUCUGUCAUCUUUGAGGACAGCAGCGUCUUGCGAAUCGGACAUUUUGUGCACCCCCAUUUUGGUUUACAGUUCUGCAAAACAGCUUGGAUUUCAACCCAAAGGGAAACGAUUGGCACGACACACGCCACCAAAAAUCAUGGCAUGGCCCUGUAUCUCCAGAGCCUGCUGUAUGGCUCGGUUUUGGAACCAGAUGGACAAGGCCGACUUUGCGGUGCCUCUGGUUUUUACCAAGUACUCGGACGUGUCCGAGAUGCAGCAUCUUCACCUGCAGCAGCCCGCGCAAAAGCAGGUCGCCAUAGAAACGCAGCCGCUUCAACACGAUCACGACGCGGUGAUCAAAGCACCUCCGGCCAAGGAGGAGAUCAUCUCCGGAUCUGUGAUGCGCCAGGACUUCAAACACUGGAAAGUUCGUCCCGAACCGAGCUGCAAGCCCAGGAACGAGUACCAAUGUCCAGAGGUCCCUUUCAACAAUGAGACCCAGUAUCAAAAGGACUACAAACCCUGGCCUAUCCCUAAAAAGGGAGACCACCCAUGGAUUCCCAAACCCAGUCCGACCAUCUCCAUGCGCAAUGACCGAAUUCCUGACAGAUCCAAAUACACCAAUGUGGAAAUGGACAGUGGGGUGGAAAAAAGUGAGAUUGCAGACAAAGUGCAGGAGAAGGAGAUCCUGUCUAGUGGAAGAAAAAAGAAGCAGGAUAAGAAAGUCACUGUGGUUUCUGAAAACAAACCUGGAGUGAAGUUGGAAGGGGAAGCCACCACCACAGAGGGGAAAGGGAGGGCAGCAGUGGAUGCCCUUAACCGACAGAUCAAACAGGAAGUUACGUCCGGAAGCUCAUACAGGACUGAGUUUCAAGCCUACACAGAUGUGAAACCCGUGAAGCUUGUCAGGUCCAAGUCCCAGUAUCAGCCUCCUGAUAGGAAGACUCUGGAAACCAGCUACAGCUCCACCUACAGGGGAUAUCAGUCCAAACCGGAGCCGGAUGACAACAAGGCCGUGGACCGAAGAAGGAUACGCUCACUGUACCAUGAACCUUACAGAGAGUCCAGUAAGGUGGAGAGAACUCCAAGUCUUCCUCGCUCCAAACCCAAAAAGAGCACUUCCACAUCGGCCACGCCUGGCAAACCGUUAAAGAAGUCCAAGGAGAAGCAGGCAACGUCAUUGCGUGGUUCGAAGAAGAAGACUUCCGAGAACCAGCCGGAGAGCAGACCGACGCAGGCCGACAAGGAGAAAAGUAAAGAGACCAACAACAAACUGGCUGAGGCGAAAGACCACUCACUCAUUUUGAGCGAAGAUGUUUUUUAAGGGAUGGAUUUGAUGUUUUUUCUUCUCUUUUUGCCUUGCGCCGAGUCCGUUCGCGCCAGUUAUAUCAAAGCGUUUGCAUUUACUAUGGCUCCACCUACUCUCCUCAUCUCCACGGCAAGGUUUCCAUGGCAACCACUUCAGUGGAUGCUCUCAUCUUGCAUGGAGCCAUUGGCUAGUGGCUCUGUAUGUUUCACCCAUCAUCAGAUGCACAGACUGGUGCUUUUCAUUUAUCAAGGGUUUUUUUUAUUAAACCUGAAUCUUUUAAUGUCAUGUUUGUGUAAAUUAGGCAAUGCAUAUUGUCUAAUAUAGGUCAAAAAUGGAAUUUCCAAGACAAAACUCUUUGAUAAAUGUGCAGCUUAUGAGAAUGUAUUGAUUUGCUUUGCUUGUUUCAUGUUGUCAUUUUAUUGAGCAAACAGCCCAAAAGUGAUAUGUUAUGAUCUUAGAUCACACUGGUGCUGUGUAGAUCUUAUUUGUUUUGUUUUUUGCUCAUUGUUGAGAACCAUUUAAUAUCAUUAAAAUGAUGAGAAAUCAUUAUAGAAACAUAAUAUCUCCCAAAAGACAUCGUUGAAGGUCAUACAAUAAUUUGCCUAGCUGGAUUACUGUAACAGUAUCACAUUAUGGGAAGCAUUAUAUAUUGUCUUCAGAUAGAAUAGGAUUUAAAUGUUCACUGUGAUGCACAAGCAAACCUGUAAAUGUUAUAACUACACUAUAAACUAAAUGUUGUUUUUGUAAAUUUGAUAUGGUUUUGAGGUUUCAGUGGGUUUUAAUCCCAACACACAUCACAAAAGGAGCUACCACAUUUAUCAUUCUUCACCCACAUACACAGUGAAAUGCACCAUCCCCCUAAAGGAGGUCCCUAAGGUACACAGAUGGAGGAUCCCAAAAGUGCAUAGAGAACUCAAAAGGUCAAUAGAUUAGACAGCAUUAAAAUCAAAGGCCUUGAAUGCACACGCAAUGUAUGAAUUAUUUAUGACUUUCCCUUGAGUGUCUCUUGCUUUGUUUUGCUUCUGCAUCCCCUCUCUUGUCCAAUAACUGCUAUGAACUGUAUUCCUGACUAAUUGCUUUAUUUAUUAUCAUGUGUUCCUUGAUGUUCUGGUAAGUCGAAUGCAGUCUUGUUUGUUUAUCCUGUUUGCGUUCAUCUGCUGCAUGAUUUCAUCAUCUUUAUGAAUAUUCAAAGAUUCGUCCCACAAAGGGCAAAAUUUCUCAAUUUAUUUUAUUUCUUCUAACUUCAAAUUUAAGUGUAAGUUGACUAGGACUACUGAUGCAUAUAUUGGCCUUUACAAAUACAUGUUUUGGAUAUAGCCUGAUCGGGCCUGUUGUAAUGACACAUAAUCAUUGCUUCAUUUAUCAUGCAUGUGAUAUGAUGCAGAUUGUAUGGACGAUCUUAAGAUGUUGGUAGUUCGCAGGACUAAAUGGCAUCUUAGUAUCUCAAUGUAUUCAUCUGCUGGCAUUACUGGAGUUUAGUGUGUAUACUCAUGCUUUGUGUUGUUUUUAUCAUGGACCACCCCUCUACAAGUCCUCUCUCUGUCUCUGGUCUCAUUUGUUGCGGUCUUCUCCAUUUUCAGUACAGUAUGUGAGAAGUAUGUGAUCUCAUUGUGCUGUUGUUUGCACGAUCAGUGCACAGUACGUUGUGAUCCAUAGCCAGAUUGAAUAUAUGGAAAAAUUUUAAAUGUAUUCUCAAAGCACUCAUGGUGCAAAAGUAGAUUUGUAUUAUUAUUUAAUAUUUUAAUUUGUGUUUUGUCACAUUUAAAAAAUGCUGAUUCGGACAUUGAACCCGACUGUAUUUAAAUGUCAGUCAAAAAUCAAAUACAUCAAAAGCAAACAAUAAUAUACACUACCAGUCAAGUUUUGAAACACUCAUUCUUUAUUUAUAUUUUUUCCACAUUAGAAUAAUAAUAAACUCAUAUAAACUAUGGCAUAACACAAAUGUAACUGGGAAUUUGUUUGUGACUAAAAGCAUCCAAGAUCCAAGCAUCUUUGCCUAGAAAUUUCAAAACCAUACUUGUGUUAUUUUAUCAAGAAGCUUCUUAAAGUUUCACCUUAAAAUGAAUUUGAAAUAAUAUUGAAGGAGUUCUCUUAUUGGUUGCUUUUUCUUUAAUAUUUAGUCUUAUGGGGCAUACACACCAAACGUGAGUUGAACAAUUUGCGCGAGUAGAUUACAUACAAAGUCAAUGCAAAGACGCGAUCAGACGCCUCCUCGGGCGGCGCGAUUGCUGCGAAAACACGCGCUAUUUACCUCAAAUAUUCAACUCAAGCGAAAAAUUUGCAUGACACAAAGUUAAAUCCCGCGAGUAAUGUAGAGCGAGCAACGCGAUUUGCCGUGUACGUACACCAGCCACGGUAGAGGCUUCAAGCACGAGUGAUUUCAAUGUAAAGACGCUUGUACGCGGCGGCGUAAAAUAGGCGUUUAGCUCGAUGCGGUAGACACGAAUCCGCCUCAUUCGCGCGAAUGACGCGAAUUGAGUUGAAAAAUCGUUGAAAUUUGAUGACAAGUCACAGAAGCCCCUCCCCUGAAGCGAAUUUCCGCGUGAAUGUCUCGAAUGACUAGAAUUUCACGCGAGUAAACUCUAACUGUGGGUUCACACCAGAGUGUACUCGCUUCAUUCGCACGUGAAAACCGUGCAUGAAAUUCUAGUGAUCGAGACAUUCACGCUGUAAUUCGUGUCAUGGGAGGGGCUUUUGCGACUCCGCUCGCUUCCUUUGAUCACAUCACUACUUGAGCAAGCUCCUGAUUGGUUAACAUGGCGCGUUUUUACGCCAAAGUUCAAAUUUUCCAACUUGCGCAUUUCCCCCGGCAAUGCACAAUUCGCGCCAUUCGCACUAGAAGGAAUCGUGUCUACCGCACUAAAUGCCUCAUUCGCGCCGCGAGACCUACAGACGCGCGUCAAUGCGUCUUUACAUUGACAUAACAUUGAAAUCAAUCGCGCUUGACGCCUCUACCGCGGCUGGUGUGAACGCAGCAUAAAUGUUCAAGCGUCCAACAAUGUGCGAAUAUCGCCUUUUUGCCGCCUCUACCGCGUUUGGUGUGAAUCCAGCAUAAGUAAAUAUUUUUUAUUGAAUCAAAUUUUAGUUAAUAACAGAAAUUAUUUUUUUAACACAGGUAUAUUUUUGGCUACGAAAGUAAUUUCAAGCAUUUAAUCAUACACAUUCAGAUAAAAAAAAUUAAGAUCAUUGUUAACAUUUCAGUCAAGUGUUUUAAAACUAGUAGUGUAGUGUAUAUAGGAGGUACGCUCUCAGAAAAAAAUGUACAAAAGCAGUCACUUGGACGGUUUUAAAAAGGUCCUAAUAUGUACCAUUUAUGUAACUUUGAUCUACUAUGCACCCUUUAGGUAAGGUGUACUUUUUGAGAGGGUACCACACCAGUAAGAUCUUUUAUACCUUUUUCUGGCAGUGUAUUAUAAUGUAGGAUAAAUGUGGCUUUAUGAAAAUAUAUAAUGCAUACAUGCAACUUACAAAAGUAGAAAAAGUGUUCCUGGGAGCUCAAUGUGUUUGCAGCACAGAGGUCAUCCCAGAAAACACGUCUUGAUAAAGUAUAGCUUGAAUGCACUGCAAGUCGCUUUGGAUAAAAGCAUCUGUUAAUGCAUAAAUGUAAAAAAACCUUUAUUGUCUAAUGUAAUGUAAACACUGAUUUGAAUUGAAAUAAAUGUGGCAGUAUAGUUUUUUCAGUCUGGCUUUCGAACAACUGCUGUGCUCUGAUGUCUACUGCAGAUGUCUUUACUGCACCACAGGGUGAGGGCCUUUUCUUGUAUUUUGCAGCCUUUGGUGACUCAAUUACUAUGCUUAGUGUAACAUGGGGACUAAAGGAAGAGGUCUGGGAAGACAGAGAUGGCUAGUGGGGUUGUACAUGUCUAGCGAAUGUGUGUGUUUGUGCUUAGCACAGGUGCUAUCUAUAGUCCAUGCAUUCUGAAUAGAGAGAAAAAUAUAGCUAAUAUCAUGUGAAGGGGCCUCAGAAUGAACUGUGAUGAUGUUAAUUGUGAUUUCUCUCUCUGCUUGCUCAUAUUUAUUGAAAUUAAUAAAUGCAAACGCAGAAA